AUACUGAGUCGAUCAACGAUUUUUGUGAAUAGGACAAGCAAUCUUGGCAGACUGAACAAGAUAUCUUCAAACUAGCCUAUAUGGAUCAUCCGAACAUUCUGCAUUACAUUGGCGUCGAGAAGAGAGGAGACAAUCUCCAAGCUGAAUUCUGGUUGAUAACAGCAUAUCAUGACAAAGGGUCGCUAUGUGAUUACUUGAAGGCGCACACUCUGACGUGGAACGAGCUAUGUCGCGUGGCAGAAACUAUGUCGAGAGGUUUGAUGCAUCUUCACGAAGCUAUACCCGGAAGGCUGCCAGGAGAGCCAUCGAAACCCUCAGUGGCCCACAGAGAUUUUAAGAGCAAAAACGUGCUUUUGAAGAGUGACAUGACAGCUUGUAUUGCCGACUUUGGCCUGGCUAUCAUUUUCAAGCCUGGAGAGUCCUGUGGAGAUACGCAUGGUCAAGUAGGAACGAGACGAUACAUGGCCCCGGAAGUCCUAGAAGGCGCGAUAAAUUUCACCUCGGACGCAUUCCUGCGCAUCGACAUGUACGCUUGCGGUCUCGUCCUGUGGGAGCUCGCGUCUCGGUGCACGGCGCAGGACGGACCUGUUCCAGAGUACAGGCUGCCUUUCGAAGAGGAGGUGGGGCAGCAUCCCACCUUGGAGGACAUGCAGGAGGCUGUGGUGCAGAGAAAAGUGCGGCCGCACAUACAGAAGCAUUGGAGGCACCACGCGGGCUUAGCUUCAAUGUGCGACACGAUGGAAGAAUGCUGGGACCACGACGCUGAAGCGAGACUUUCAGCGUCUUGCGUCAUGGAAAGAGUCAUGUUGCAGUCCAAGUACCAACAAUCCGCUUUGGGCGGCUGGAGGAUAGAAAACGAAACGCCUAACGCGCCCCCCAAAGACUUCAGUAUCAGCAUGUAGAAUUAAGCAGACAGAAGCUAGGAGGGUAUUGUACCUGCAAUUGCAUAGAAAGGAGUACCUGUAAAACGAAGCAGCUCGUUGCCACACUAGAUUUUCAUGUUGAAAAAUAGUUUUAUAUUCCAAAUCAUGUCAAACAUUUGGUCAGCUGAAACGUGAUUGAUUCUAGAGCGUUUCACGUUAUUUGAUGGCAAUGAACGAAAAUGUAUUUUAUUUAGGCGACAUAAAUUUGGAAUUAAAACUAUAUCAGAUACACGUAAACAUUUUUCAUAAGUAAUGCCAAAAAGGUUCGAUUCGUGAACCUCACCAUUCCAUGUGCCAACAAUAGUUAAAUAGGGGGAAUCUCUCUGUUUUUAACCAGACUGACCAUAAUCGUUUUUAUGUGUGGUUACUAACCAAUAUAAGAAAUAAACUACGAAUGUGUAUCUUUGCUUUCAGAAGAAAAACAACAGACAGGAGUGCGAUCGUUAAAAGGCUGACACAGGUUGACUCUUGACUCAGCUCUUUGCUGAUUCAGAACGCGAAAGCCCAAAAGAAUUACAGUAGAUAAAUCUCGAAUUCUUCCUGAAUUCCUCCGGGCUUUGAGUAUUAAAGGAGGGGGCACAGACCUCACGGUGAAUCUAGCUCAAACUUCGGAAUUUAGCUCUUCGGAGCAUCCCGAUCAAAAGUUUUCAUGGGCUCUUAACAAUCCUACGACCUUGAAUGUUAUGGUCCGUUUCAUCAAUACACUAAUGCAAACUGUCAAAUAUGCAGGUUGUCAAACUGUGGUGUUUCUUAGAUAAAAAACCCAACAGGCAAUAACUAAUAAACCAUAAGUAAGUCAUUUCAAUCUUCCUCUUUUAAAAGGGCUUAUCCGAAUGUGUAAUAAAACGUACAAACUUGCAAUUAAAAAAAAUUAAGGUCGAGCAAAAUUGGAACACGCUGUAUAAUUGUGAGUAUUUGAGAAAUGUGUCCUUGGGUAUUAUUAUGUAUAAUAACCAUCUUGGUCUUUGACGAGUUUUUGUUUAGGAGAAAUACUCCGUUCUCGCAUGCUUGAGACCCUGUAUAUCAUGGAAACGCUUUAAGAGCCCAUGAGAACUUUAGAUCAAAGGUGUUCUGGAGAGGUUUUCCCCAAAGUUUGAGCAAGAUUUACCGUAAGGAGGACGCUGGAAUUGCCUGGCACGACGUGUUUGGUAUUUUUUUCUGAGGGCAUAGACGCGUGCUAUUAAACAAAUUUUCUGUGACGCGACGGACGUUUUUACCGUAUUUCGCGUCGCGUCUAACAUUUUGAGUAUUUCUUUUUGUACGGUGUUGUA